AUGGACGUCGUAAAUUCAGCACGAUUAAUGUACAAUGAGCUAGUGCAGAGUUCCCAGCUACAAUGGACGCUUACUUCAGUGGUGAUUAAUAUGCUGUUAACUCUUACUAUUUGGAUAGGGGUGUUUGAAAUGAAGCCCAAUGAACAAUUAACAAAAAUGUACUUUUUGGGAAGUUCAGAUAAUUUUACUACCGGAAAUCAGUUAGCUGAUGGAAUGCUUAACGGCGCUGGAACGAUCGCAAUGUUGGGAGUUGUUUCAUUCAUUAUGCUGACACUGGCACUUUUCGAUUUUCGUAGGCUGGUCAAAAUGUGGCUCACACUCAGUUGCCUCGUCAUUCUUUAUGGUCUGUCCGGUGUCACUGCAUAUGAAUUCUGUUUCAAAUUUGUGAACAUUGAAGACAUUACCUAUCGCGCAAUUUCGUUCAGCUUUGUGGUUGUGUUCACUGCCAUCUACGGGACACUUGGAAUCGUAGCUUUCUUCUUCGACUCUCCAAUAUGGCUUCAUCAAUUCUACGUGAUUUCCAACUGUUCCCUCAUUGCCGUCUUCUAUCUUCGCGCUUUUCCACGAAACACACCAUGGUUUGUGUUGUGGGGCGUGUUGUUCUGGGAUGCGUUUGCUGUUCUCGCGCCUAUGGGACCACUCAAAAGAAUUCAAGAAAAAGCUGCUGAUUAUAGCAAUAACGUUAUCCGAUUAUUAAUGUUCACAGCCGAACCGAAGCGAAAAUCUGCGGGAGUCGACGAACACCCGAUUCGAAAUGGAGUAAAGGAGCUUAUUCAACUUUAUUCGCGACGAGAAGCUCAAGACGAAGACUUUGUAAAGAAAAUACGUGAGCGGAGGUUGGCUGUUAAUCCAGAUUCGGAAAGUUUUAAAACUGAAAGUCCUAAAACUCCUGGUGAUGAACUCUUUUUGACACCAAAUGAUUUUGAAGUAAAUGAGGAAGAACUGAGCACUUGUGAGGAGAUUUCGCCACCGGAAAGCAGCAACGAUGAAACUGCAGAGAACUCGGAUUCAGCCGAUGAUGAGUACGAAUCAGACGUCGAGAUUGAAGAAUUAACCGCAGCCGAUGCAUUGAAUGAUGGAGAAUCGAUGCGUCUUGGCUUUGGAGAUUUUGUAUUCUACAGCCUCCUUAUUGGUCAAGCUGCAACUAGUGGAAGUGUCCUGGCUACAAUUGCUGCUGGACUAGGCGUUUUGCAAGGACUUCUUAUGACUUUGACAGUCUUCAGCAGCUCCGAACACACGAUUCCAGCCCUUCCUCUCUCCGUCAUUUUCGGUACGAUGUACUAUUUCCAAACGCUAUUCGUUGCUAAUCUGUUGUUUAGCUACCAACCAGAGCUCUAA